AUGUCUGGGCCCCCGUCGCGGCUGCGCUCCAUCCUCAACCAUCUCACCGGUGAGGGCGGCAGCAAAAGCAGCCAAACGGCGACGCCGCCUCACAUCCACCAUCUGUCGCCCACCUUCUUCCUCGAGCGCGCCGUCGCCAUUGAGCCCCAGGGAGAGGCCAUCGUCCACGUCACAGCCAACGGCGUCCCCAUCCGCCGCACCUACCAGGAAUUCGCCGACCGCGCCCGCGGCCUCGCCUACUAUCUCAAGAAGAAGGGCCUGAAGCGCGUCGGCGUCCUGGCGCCCAACACACCAGCUUUCCUCGAGGCCAUCUUUGGCAUUGUAGCCGCAGCAGGAACCAUCGUGCCGGCAAACUAUAGGCUGUCAGAGGAGGAGAUCUCCUACAUCUUUGAGUUCGCCGAGGUGGACUGCAUCAUCGCCGAUGAUGAGUUUGCGCAUCUCUUGAGCGCGUUUCGGAGGAAGAAGGGCGACGUGCCCGUGAUCGUUGAUCUGGACACCGACGUGAAGGAGGGGCCCUCCAGUGGUCAGUACGACCAGGCUGUUCUGGAAGGUCUGCAGUAUGAUGUCGAGAAUGGCUCUGCUGGCUGGGAGGGGCUGCACUCCAAGAAGGACGAUGAGGAUGACAUGAUUGCGAUCCCCUUCACAUCCGGGACCACUUCGCGGCCAAAGGGCGUUGUGUACACUCACAGAGGGGCUUAUCUAGCUUCCUUGGCGAAUGUCGUCGAGUCCAACCUAAAUCAAGGUCGCUGCAGAUAUCUGUGGACAUUACCAAUGUUCCACGCCAUCGGAUGGACUUAUCCAUGGGCGGUCGUGGCAGUGCGUGGUAUCCACGUCUGCCUCAGAAAGAUCAACUACCCUCUGAUCUGGAAGCUACUGAAAGAAGAGAAGAUCACUCAUUUCAAUGCUGCACCGACCGUCAACACUCUUCUGGUAGCCAGCGAGGACGCGGAAAGACUCCCUCAAAAGGUCCAUGUCACCGUUGCCGCAAGCCCGCCCACUGGAUAUCUCUUUGAACAGAUGACGAAAUUGAAUCUCCACCCCAUACAUGUAUAUGGAAUGACUGAAACAUAUGGCCCUGUCACUAAAUCGUACCCCAUGCCAGAGUGGGAGGAGCUGCCAGACCAAGAGAAAUACGCCAAGAUGGCAAGGCAAGGUCACGGGUUCAUUUCCAGUCUGCCCGUUUGCGUCAUCAAGCCUGAUCAGCCCGAGGGGGUCCUCAUCAACGUCGCCAAGAACGGCUUCGAAGUCGGGGAGAUCGUCUUCGCUGGAAACAGCUGCGCCAAGGGUUACUUCAAGGACGAGGAGGCGACCAGGAAGCUCUUCGCGGGUGGGGUUUUGCAUUCUGGAGACCUGGCCGUGUGGCACCCCGAUGGUAGCAUUCAGAUCUUUGAUCGAUCAAAGGAUAUCAUCAUCUCCGGAGGCGAGAACAUCUCCUCGGUUGCGCUGGAGUCUCUACUGAUUGAGCACGAGGACAUCCUCGAGGCAGGCGUGGUGUCAGUGCCCGACGAGCGUUGGGGCGAGAGUCCAAAGGCGUAUGUCACGGUGAAGCAGGGGAAGACGCUCAAGGGGGAGGACGUGAUUGCCUGGGCCAGGGAUAACGGUCGGAUCAGCCGGUUCAUGGUGCCGAGGGAGGUGGAGAUUAUUGAUGAGCUCCCAAAGACAAGCACUGGUAAGAUUGAGAAGAAGAAACUGCGGGCCAUGGCUACUGCCAAAGACGAGUAG